AAGAAGGUCGAGGUUGGUGUCGUUGUUUGUCUAAUUAAAUCAAACGCAACAUUUGUUUUCCACCCAAUUGGCGGUUUGUUGUGUUUAUACUGGGAGUUUGAACAUCACGCCACUGCUAAACUGGUACGGCAGACGUCAUAUGACAGCGGGGUCAGCUGUCAGGUGAUUUCGCCCCCAGUAAUACUCGCCAUCGUUUGACACUUACGUACCUCCACUUACAUAUUCUGUUCUAUCCACUCUAGACUCAAAGGAACCUGACUGUUUUUUGUGUAUUUAUCUCGUCUCAAUUUAGAUAAAUUUAAAGUGUUGUAAGAAAUAACUGAGGAAGAAAUGGCGCCGAUUAUGUCGGUAAUUAAAAAUAUAAUAAAUCAUCCCGGUGAAUCUUUGAAAAAAGUCAAAAUGAUAAUAAUGACAACAAAUUUAAAAAUUGGAAACCAAAAAGGAGCAUUGUUUUACAUCACCAAGAAUCCAGAAAGUCCAGCUAAAGAAUUUAAAACAACCACACAGAAGGAAUCAUCUCAGAAAACCACGGAUAACAAUCAAAUGAAUAUAUCAGAAGAACCGAAAUUUGCAAAAGAAAAUGAACGAUGGUUAAGCCACCUGUAUUACAACCUGGAUAUUCCACAACUAUUUGAAGAUAUUAAACAAAAAAUGUCAUAUAAUAAAUCUACACCCGAAGUUAAAGUCCCUGCUUGGAAAACAACACGCCGCCAAAUAACACAGGAGAAGAUCAAUAGUGAAACAUCAUAUUUACUAUCACUUCUUAUUAAAUCUGAAAGCGCAGGGAGUCGGUUGAAACGACUUGAAAAUUUUCUAAGUCAUUUGAUCACUUAUCCAGAAGCCAAAGAAUAUGCUGUGGAGGAAGGCGUCAUCCCUUCAUUGUUAGAAUUUCAAAAAUUGUCUCGUGAUGCAAGCACUACUCACAUUGUAAGACAGAUACUCGUUACUCUCGGUUAUGUGGAACCGCCAAAAUCCUAUGGUGUAAGGUUACUUUCAAUUGAUGGUGGUGGAAUGAGGGGCAUUGCUGUCAUUAAUAUGCUUGAGAAAUUAGAAGAACUGUCAGGGAGAAAAAUUUUAGAGUUGUUUGAUUUUGUAUGUGGAGUCAGCACUGGUGCCAUUAUCAUAUGCUGCCUACUUCCCCCACACGAGAUGUCUUUAAGUGAAAUAAAAGAUCUGUAUAGGAAUUUAAGUGCACAAGUAUUUACUCAGAGCACUUUGAGAGGGACUAGCAAUCUAGUCUGGAGCCACGGCUAUUACGAUACGGCUGCAUGGGAAAAACUUCUGAAGUGUUACGUUGGAGAGACUAAAUUACUAGAUUCUGCUAAACAUGAAAUUUGUCCAAAGGCUGCUACAAUUUCCACAAUUAUAAACAAGUCGAAAGUUGCACCUUACAUUUUUAGAAACUACGAUUAUCCAUAUAAUAGAAAAUCAGAAUAUGCUGGAAGUAUUAAUCAUACUAUGUUUCAAGCUGUGAGGGCGUCAGCAGCUGCACCUACAAUUUUCGAAGAGUUUAGAAUUGGUGACAUACUUCAUCAGGAUGGAGGAAUGAUAGUGAACAACCCAGCGGCAGUAGCUGUUCACGAAGUAAGAACACUUUGGCCCGAUGAAUCACUCAGUUGCGUUGUGUCUUGUGGGACUGGUAAACUUUUACCGACAAUGUUUCAAGAUGAGAUUAGUGCUGAUGCUAAACAGACUAGCUCUUCAUGGAAGACAAUCUUCAACAAAAUUUUAGAAAGCGCUACAGACACAGAAGCUGUUCAUAACAUGUUGAAUGAUUUACUCCCUGAAGACGUAUACUACAGAAUUAACCCUCAUCUAUCCAGGAAAGUGACAAUGGAUGAUGUCCACGAGACAACGAUUUCGUUACUAGAAGCAGAUACGGAAAUGUAUUACAGAAGGAAUAAAGAGAAAUUUCAAGAGAUUGUCAAGAAGCUUCUCUUACCUAGAUCUAAAGUUCAACUUUGUCAAGAUUAUGUGAUGACAAAGCUUAGAGAAAUAAAGCAUUGAUUUUUUUUCUUCG